AUGUCUAAUUCUCUAGUUAAUAAUAAAAUUCAAGAGCAAUUACCAGACCAAGACAAAGUUUCAAAGAUUAAUCUUAGAAAAAAGAGAAAAAGGACAAGCAAUAAAAUCUUUAAACUCUUUGAUGAAGUUGGAGGGGAAGGAAAGAUCUAUUGUAUUAAAUCUUUUUCUGUGUCAACUAUUUCGAAACUGGACAUGGAUGAUAUUGAUUAUAUAAAGCUAAAGAAGGGAGAAAAAGAAAAAACUUUUUUUGAAUUAAUUUAG